CCGGCCUGGGGGGUGGCGGGGCCACAUGGUGGGUCCCCAGGGCACGGGAGCUCCCCUGGGUGUUGAUUCAAUGUCCCCUCCGUGGGUUUCGGUGUCCCCAAGGUCUCCUCCUUGGUUCUCCAACGCCCCCCAGGUAUCCCCCUGAGGGCUUUUCAUACCUCCCGGGUGUUCUCAAGGUAUCCCAAGGAGAUCCCAAGGUGAUCCCAAGGUAUCAACGUCCUCUCGGUGUCCCCGCAGGUGCCCCACUGUGUCCCCAAGCUGUUCCCUGCAUCCCCAACACCCCCCAGGCGCCUCUCCAAAGCCUUUUCCCGGCCCCUCGGGGCUGUGGCUGUUCCCGGUGCCCCCAGAUGCCCUCUGAGUGCCCACCCCUGGUGUCCCCAACACCCCCAGAUGCCUCUUGUGUCCCCAGCUUCCCCCAGGUGUCCUCCUAAAUCCUUUUCCCGCCCUCCCCCGGGGGCGGGGCUGUCCCCAGGUGUGCCCAGGUGCCCACAGGUGCCCCUGCGGUGCCCCCUCGGUGCCCGCGCGGUGUUGGGUGACAAUGACAGUGACAUACACGUCCCGCGUGGCCACCGCGCGUUUCGGGGGGUUCUCGCAGCUGCUGCUGCUCUGGCGAGGCAGCAUCUACAAACUCCUGUACCGGGAGCUGCUCCUCUUCCUUGGAGCCUACCUGGGGCUCAGCCUUGCCUACAGGUUCCUGCUCUCGGAGUCCCAGCGGAGGCUCUUUGAGAAGCUCGUCCUCUACUGCGACAAAUCGGCCGAUCUGAUCCCCGUGUCCUUUGUGCUCGGGUUCUACGUGGCGCUGGUGCUGGAGCGUUGGUGGGGGCAGUUCCGGGCGGUGCCGGCCCCCGACGGGCUCAUGGUGGCUGUGGCCGGGUCCGUCCACGGGGCCGACGCGCGGGGCCGGAUCCUGCGCCGGACGCUGCUGCGCUACGGGGGCCUGGCGGCCCUGCUGGUGCUCCGGGCCGUCAGCACCCCCGUCUACAAGAGAUUCCCCACCACCGACCACCUGGUGCAGGCCGGGUUCCUGACGCGGGAGGAGCGGCGGCGGCUCGAGGGGCUGCGCUCGCCCUACAACAAGUUCUGGGUUCCCUGCGCCUGGUUCGCGGCGCUGGCAGGGCAGGCGCGGCGCGAGGGGCGGGUGCGGGACGACUGCGCCCUAAAACUGCUCAUGGAGGAGCUGAACCGGUUCCGGGCCCACUGCAGCCUCUUGUUCCACUACGACUGGAUCAGUGUCCCACUGGUGUACACCCAGGUGGUGACCAUCGCCGUGUACACCUUCUUCCUCACCUGCCUGAUCGGGCGGCAGUUCCUGGACCCCGCUCAGGGCUACGCGGGGCACGAGCUGGACCUGGGAGUGCCCGUGUUCACCCUCCUUCAGUUCUUCUUCUACGUGGGGUGGCUCAAGGUGGCCGAGCAGCUCAUCAACCCCUUUGGGGAGGACGAUGACGACUUUGAGACCAACACCCUCAUCGACCGCAACUUCCAGGUGUCGAUGCUGGCGGUGGACGAGCUGUACGGGGAGGUGCCGGCGCUGGAGAGGGACCGGUACUGGGACAGCACCUGCCCCCGCGCUCCCUACACGGCUGCGGCCGCGCCCCCCCGGCAGCCCACCUUCCGGGGAUCCGCCUUCGACGUCACACUGGCCAAGGAGGAGAUGCAGUUCCAGCCUCUGGAGGACGUCGGGGACUCCCCGGGAGAUCCCACGGACCCCGCCCCGCGUCCCCCCUCCGCCACUCGCCGCCACUCUCUUCUGCACCCCAAGAGCGGCUCCGAGGGGGAGGGCGGCUCCCCCGAGAACCCCCUGGGGGACGGGGGCACCCAGGACCAGUGGCUCCUCUACCCCAGCGCCGACCACGUGGUUUAAUGGGGGGGACACCCCGAAAAACACUCCCCCCCGGCUCAACCCCGUACGAGCUCUCACAGAAUCCGGCCCCUCCAC